AUGAAUAACAGCAUGACUUCUCCCUACAGCCGUAUCCAGGUCGCCAGCCACAAGAUGGACAGGAUGCCCGUCAUCUGUGACUACGGCUCAGGCUUGAGCAAGGUGGGAUUUGCAGGAAAUGAGGCCCCCGUGGCUGUCUUCCCAACCAUCCUUGGGAAACUGCGUCAUGAUACUAUGUUGAAGGGAAUGGAAGAGAAAGACUGGUUUAUGGGAGAUGAUGCCCAGAAAAAGAGAGAAGAAAUUAUUCUGCAGUACCCCAUCUCCCGGGGAGCCAUCCACAGCUGGAACAACCUGGAGAAGAUUUGGCAUCACUCCUUCUACCAGGUGCUCCACAUCCCCCCUGAAGAGCACCCGCUGAUGGUGACUGAGCCACCUUUAAACUCAACAUCCACCAGAGAGAGAGCAUGCCAGAUCCUGUUCGAGACCUUCAAUGUGCCUGCCCUGUCCUUAAUCAAUCAAGGAGUCCUUUCACUAUAUGGUGCUGGCCUAACUUCUGGAACAACCAUUGAAUCUGGAGACGGAAUGACGUACUUUGUGCCCAUCAUGGAUGGCUGUCCUUUGCAUCAGUCGACCUUCCAGCUGGAUGUAGCCGGCCAAGACCUGACCUUGUACCUCCUGCAACUACUAGCAGAGAGGGGGAACUUGUUGGUAGGCACAGGGAGAAACACCCUGGGGAUCCACAUGAUGGCCAGCCAGUGUAUCACCUCCUGCAACCCCUUCCUCUGGAAGACCCUCUUCAGCAACAUCAUCUUGUCCGGAGGCACCGGCUCUUUCUCUGGCUUGCGAUUACGACUGCAGAGAGAACUAGCUGGACUGGUUUCCCCUGCUAUUGAUGUGAAGGUGUCCACCUCUCCCUAUGCCCAGUAUGGUGCCUGGGUAGGUGGCUCCAUCUUGGCCUCCCUGUCAACCUUCAAGGACAUGUGGGUCACCAGCAGGGAGUACAAGGAUGUGGGCGGCUCCAUCAUCAAUAGAAGAAGCUUCUAAGUUGGGGCUCCCGGAGUCCCCACCAUCUUUUCCAUCA